CGUACAUGCGUGUGCGCGUGUAUUUGACUGCGCUCCCCGCGCGGUCGCCUGUGCUGAGUGUGCUCGCCCUGCCAGUCUGCUGCUGCUCAUCCACCGCGCGGACAGACGCCGAGGAGGCGGACCGACUGGAGCUACACCUCGGCCAGCGGUGCUGCGUCAUAGCGCUGGUGGAGGUGAGCGGGCGGAGGCGGCGGAGGGGCAGCACGGGACCCUCCUCGCCCCCUUCCUACAUUUAGGACCCCGGAGUAGUUUUUUGUUUUUGUUUAGUUUUUUUUUUUUUGUAUUAUUGUAUUUUUAUUGGGCUUCGCUCCUCAGAAGCGCACUUUCUUCCUCUCUCAGUUUGCGCUCACGGUCCGACAUGGAAGAUGGUCCGUCUUCGACAAGCUGUUUCAGAAGGUUAACGGACUGCUUCCUGGGUGCAAGCCUGACAGAUGAGAAAGUGAAGGCCUACCUCUCUCUGCACCCGCAGAUGCUGGAUGAGUUUGUGUUGGAGAGCGUUAGCGCUGAGACGUUGGACAGAUGGCUGAGGAGGAAGACCAGCAGCAGGCCUGCAGAUGACGCGUCACCUAAGGAAGUCACCAGGUACCAGGAUGCAAACAUGCAGGGCGUGGUGUAUGAACUCAACAGCUACAUGGAGCAACGCCUGGACACUGGAGGAGACAACAAGCUAUUGCUCUAUGAGCUCUGCAACAUCAUUAAAACAGCAACAAAAGCUGAUGGAUUUGCACUUUACUUUUUGGGAGAAUGCAACAAUACAUUAUGUUUGUUCACCCCAACGAUGGCCAGUGGUCCCCCAAGCCUCAUCCCCUCGGGCCCCAUUACAUUUGGAACAACCAUUGCAGCUCAUGUCGCCAAGACUCGCAAAACACUUUUAGUAGAAGACAUCAUUGGGGACGAGCGCUUCCCAGACGGCACAGGGCAGGACUCAGGGAUCCGCGUUCAUUCUGUCUUGUGCCUCCCCAUCCUUACUGCCAUCGGGGACCUCAUUGCCAUCCUGGAGCUGCAACGGCAGUUGGGCAAAGAGCCCUUCAACCUCAGCCACCAGGAGGUUGCAACAGCUAACCUAGCGUGGGCGUCCGUUGCCAUUCAUCAAGUGCAGGUGUGCCGAGGCCUCGCCAAGCAGACCGAGCUAAAUGACUUCCUACUAGAUGUGUCAAAAACAUACUUUGAUAACAUUGUGGCAAUAGAUUCUCUACUUGAACAUAUUAUGAUAUAUGCAAAAAACCUGGUGAAUGCCGACAGGUGUGCACUCUUCCAGGUCGAUCAAAACAACAAAGAACUGUAUUCGGACCUGUUUGAUAUUGGCGAAGAGAAAGAAGGCAGGCCGGUCUUUAGGAAAACCAAAGAAAUUAGGUUUUCUAUAGAGAAAGGAAUAGCUGGCCAAGUGGCUCGUACAGGGGAGGUCUUAAAUAUCCCAGAUGCCUAUGCAGACCCACGGUUCAACCGAGAGGUGGACCUCAAAACCGGCUACACCACGCGAAACAUCCUGUGCAUGCCCAUCGUGAGCAGGGGGACUGUUAUUGGUGUGGUGCAGAUGGUGAACAAGUUAAGCGGAAGUGCCUUCACUAAAACGGAUGAGAACAACUUUAAGAUGUUUGCUGUCUUUUGUGCCCUGGCCUUACACUGUGCAAAUAUGUACCACCGAAUUCGUCACUCUGAAUGCAUUUACAGAGUGACAAUGGAAAAACUGUCUUACCACAGCAUCUGCACCUCAGAAGAAUGGAAAACGCUCACUCAGCUCAACCUUCCCACUCCCAUUUAUAAAGAGAUCGAAAUGUUCCACUUUGACAUAAGUCCCUUCGAGGAGAUCUGGCCUGCAGUCUUCAUCUACAUGGUUCACAAUUCCUGUGGAAAGACCAGCUUUGAGCUGGAAAAACUGUGUCGAUUCACCAUGUCCGUUCGCAAGAACUACCGGCGUGUGCCCUACCACAACUGGAAGCACGCGGUGACUGUGGCCCACUGCAUGUACGCUAUCCUACAAAAAACCUCUGGGGUCUUCACAGAGCUAGAGAAGAAGGGACUGUUGAUAGCAUGCCUGUGCCAUGAUCUGGACCAUCGGGGGUACAGCAACACGUAUCUGCAGAAGUUUGACCACCCGUUAGCUGCUCUAUACUCCACCUCCACUAUGGAGCAGCACCACUUCUCUCAGACUGUCUCCAUUCUACAGCUGGAAGGGCACAAUAUUUUCUCCAACCUGACUUCCAGCGAGUACGAGCAGGUGCUGGAGAUCAUCCGGAAGGCCAUCAUUGCCACAGACCUGGCCCUUUAUUUCAACAACCACCAGCAGCUGUCAGAGCUUCUCAACUCAGGUGUGCUGGAUCUUAGCAACCACUCGCACAGGGACCGUGUGAUUGGUCUAAUGAUGACAGCAUGUGACCUGUGUUCUGUGACCAAGCAAUGGCAGAUCACGCGACUCACAGCCAACGACAUCUACGCCGAGUUCUGGGCCGAGGGAGACGAGAUGAAGAAGAUUGGGAUGCAGCCCAUCUCAAUGAUGGACAGAGACAAGAAAGAUGAGGUUCCUCAAGGCCAAGUGGGAUUCUACAACGCUGUAGCAAUUCCUUGUUAUACGACGCUAACAGAGCUUUUCCCUCCAUCCAGUCCACUUCUAAAAGCGUGCAAGGAGAACCUGGGUCAGUGGGAGAAAAUCGCUCAUGGCGAGGUGGAGGAUGUCGUUCCGAGCCGGCCUUCUGAUUCAGGUCCUGUCAAGGUGGACAACUGACUACCAAAGGGUUAGCGGCCCGCCAUAACAAGUACAACCUGAAUCCUGCCACAUGUCGGGAGGUCCUGUUCAAGGUAGCAGGAGCUGGAUCAGCAAAAAGGCGCCUUGACUUUAAGAAAAAAAAAAAAAAACACGAUACCUCAAUGGGUGACGGAGGUGUCAACGCUGACGGUUUCGCAGAUCCCAUACACGGACUGACAGAUGAUGGGGGCGGGACUAAAGCCCAUCACCCUACAUUCGCUCUGUUUGGGGAUCUAUUUGGUAGAAUGAUUUGUGCCAUUUUCAGUUUUUUUUUUGGCUUGGUUAUUAUUUUAUGUUUUGUUUUUGUUUUUUUACUAUUGUUCGAGCUGAUUCCUUUUGGUCUUGCAUCUAAGAGGCCUUACACUGAACCGUUCACAGGCAGGCGACCUGCAACCGUGUUGUGUGGGUUCAGAUCCUUUUUGACAUGGUACUGUUUGCCUUCUGUGGUAAAUGAGUCGUGACUACUUCAGCAAGGUAUUCAGAGACAGAAGGAAUGUGUAGUACUCGCGUGGUGUGACAUGCCACCUUAUGGAGAGCCGUGUGAGGAGGGGGACGACAGAAUGUUUUUCUUUCUUUUGAGCAAAGAUCUUUUUGCAGUACUUGAAUAACGACACACAGCCUGGUUGCAGAAAUCCCUAACCCCCCCGCGCCCCUCGGCGUCAUACACUUUACGAAACACGGAUGAACUGUGACGACAAAGAGGACUUGAACCCCUACGUCUGCAGCACUGCCCACCACUAGCACUUGGAACCUGCUGCAUAGACAAGCAGUCACUACACUUGUAUGUUUAAGACAGCUUGUCGACAUUUUACAUAAAGAUAACACAUGAUGGGUGGGAAGGAGAUGAGUCUACAAGCAUGACUCCAUGGCCCCAUGAGCUGCAUGUAACUGGGAUUGUGCCACAAACGUUGUUGCUUGACUUUUUUGCAGUCCCUGAUCCUACACCUUCUGCAAUUUUCCAAGAUCUUCCUCAACUUGUGGGUUUUGUUUUUCUUCUGCCUGAAAUUGUCAUUCCAGAGGACGUAGUCCCUCCGCGUGCGCCAAGUGUGAAUGUUACAUGUCGAUGAAUGUUCUGUUGAUCCGCGAAAAUGUGGCAUGUGCAUCGGUGCCACGCCACUUUCCACAAGAGGUUCUGUGUUACAGAAUUUGCUUCCAGUAAGCUGCAACCAAGAGCAACAAUUAGCAUGCACUUAAACUGUUAAAGUUUCUAUAUCAUUUGCAUAUAAAGUAAUAGGUGUGUACUGUGUACAAUCUAGGGUAGAUCAUUUGCUCUAAUGGUGCUAAACUGAAUGGCAGUCAUGCAGUUUUUGAAUGGUGUGCGUGCGCGCGUGUGUGUGUGUUUGUCCCCCACAUUUGUUAAGAACACGGUGAACACUGCACUGGCCCUUCUACCUUUUCAGCACCAGUUAUAUUAUCUGCACUAUGUUUAGCAUACGAUCCUUAUCAUUAUUAUUCUUGGUGAUGAUGAUUAAUAUUAUUCCUAUUAUUACUAUUGUUAUUUUCUUAAUUAGAGUUCAAUUUAAAUUAACUUAUAUUUUUUAUACAAAGAAAAAAAUAAUGCGGGCCAUGUUUGUUUGCGACAAACAAAACGGCCCACACAUGUUACUGUUACCCAGAAUAAUUGAGGAAUGUUUCAAAUGUAAACAUAAGAGCAGUAGCCCAAAUGACUUUUAAUAAAUACAUAAAAAAUA